UAUUUAUUUCCUAAAGUCCCUGUCUUAAAGCAGGGAUAUAACUUGUUUUCGACGUAAUCAAAUAAUGUGACGAAUCUGCCGGUGGCGUUCACUUGUACCACAGGCAAACAAAGAUGGCUGUCCCAGGGAAACAAUACGGCCUGAUCUUGCCUCAGAAGAAAAUACUGCUCAAGGCAAAGAGCCUGCAGAAACAUUGUGUGUUUGGCGAUGACUCUGAUGAUGAGACGUCUGUCGGCGAGAGUCUGCAAAAAGAAGCGGCUAAGAAAAAGACGAUGAGGCAGACUCAGCUGGAGAUGACGAAGGCCCUAGAGCAGGACAGCACGGUGUACGACUACGACGCCGUGUACGAUAAUAUCCAACAGCAGAGGCUGGAAAACAGCAAAAAAGUCCUGUCGGGAGCUGAGAAGCGGCCGAAGUACAUCCACCAGCUCAUGAAGGCGGUGGAGAACCGUAAGAAGGAGCAGGAGCGCAGGGACGAGAGAAAGAUCCAGAAGGAGCGCGAGGCGGAGGGCGAGCAGUUUGCCGACAAGGAGGCGUACGUGACCACGGCCUACAAGCUGAAGCUGCAGGAGCAGAAGGAGGAGGCGGAGCGUGAGAAGAGACAGGCUGCCAUCGAAGCUGCUUUGGACGUGAGGAAACAAAAAGACCUGAGCGGCUUCUACCGCCACCUCCUGAACCAGACCGUAGGCGAGGAGGCCAUUCCCGAUCGCUCGGCCAACAAAAGUCAAAGCCUGGGCGAUAUCAAGGUUGAGGAAGCGUCACAAGCGAGUGGCGAUAACACGCCGAGUCCGGGAAGCGACGGUGAGGACGCCCGAGAAGAGAAACACGGAUUCAACAAGCCUUCCAAACGCCAUUACAGACACCGCUCGCCUUCGUCGGGCAGCGACGACCAGAGAGAGAGGGACCGGCGAAAGAAGAGAGAGCGCGAGAAGGACGAGCGAGGCGGAUGGAGAAGAGAUGAGGACAGAGAUGGCCGCCGCAGCCACACCAGCAGGCGGGACUCCGAGCGGGAAGAGCGACGUAAGGAAGGGAGCGGCAGAGAGCGAGAGGGGGAAAGGAAGGAGAGGAAGAAUUCAGAGAAAGACAAGAGGAAAGAGAGAGGGGAGAGGAAGACGAAGGAAGAAGAGAAGGAAAGAAAGGAGGAGGAGAAGGAAAGAAAGGAAGAGGAGAAGGAAAGAAAGGAGAAUGAGAAGGAAAGAAAUGAGGGUGAGAAGGAAAUAAAGGAUGAGAAGGAAAUAAAGGAGGAUGAGAAGGAAAUAAAGGAGGAUGAGGAGGAAAUAAAGGAGGAUGAGAAGGAAAUAAAGGAGGAUGAGGAGGAAAGAAAGCAGGAUGCCGACAAGAAGGAAGAGGAGAAGGUGAGCAAGUUUGCUAAACGAUCCAACGAACAAACGCUGAGCUCGGCCAGAGAUCGCUACUUGGCUCGACAGAUGGCCCGCUCCGCCUCCAAGAGUUACAUCGAGCGCGAGGAAGACUGAAGUGUGGAGGUGGCCCUGCGAUGAGGUGGCGACUUGUCCAGGGUGUACCCUGCCUUCCGCCCGAUUGUAGCUGAGAUAGGCGCCAGCGCCCCCCGCGACCCUGAAAGGGAAUAAGCGGUAGAAAAUGGAUGGAUGGAUAGUGUGGAGGCUUGGUGUCCAAAUGCAGGCUGGAGGACAUCUUGUCUCACUGACUAAAAAUAAGCCGUCGGUGUCAUUUUGCUUUGAAACAUAAGCUGUUUGGUCUAAAUCAGGGGUCUCAAACUUAAUUUACCUGGGGGCCGUUGGAUGCAGAGUCUGGGUGAGGCUGGGCCGCGAGAAAAGAUUUCUUUAAAAAAAUGUUGCGUACUCCUCAGUAUGUCUAGUUUCAAAUUGUAUCACUUGUGCAACUUUCUGGGUGCAAAUAAGACACGUCAGGGUGCCCCUGUGCUCAACAAAGAAAUAUCGCAUCUCCCACUUUUCCUGGAAUUGUCCUAGCUCAUCACUAACCUUUCUCCUCACUGCAGGCUUUGAAAAAGACAUGUUUGGGGUUGUGGAAUAUAUUUGUAUUCAGCCGACGCACGGAGAAUAAUGUUAUUUCCGCAAUGUGCGUCGCUCCGCUUUUCCUCCCUACGGCAACACGGCGGUCGGCGGAUAAUAGCCGGGAAAGUACCGGGAUAGCGAGUGCAAAAAAGUGACGGCUCCCAGAGUGUUAUCCAAGGUCAUGUAGAAAUAUUCAUCGUGUGAGGCAAUGCAAAUUAAACAAACAAAAAAAAUAAUGUUUGAAUUAGUGAUGCACCGAUUAAUCGGUAACCGAAUAUAUUCGGCCGAAUAUGGCAAAAAAAAGCCACAUUCGGCCUUCGGUGGAAUGAGUUAAAAACAAGGCCGAAUAGUGGCGUGUGACGCAAUAUUUUGAUGCAAUGACGCAAUCAACCAACGUGCAGUGACGUUGGGAUAUGUUGUGUACCUGUAUAAGUGUAUGAGGUUACAAGCACACACUUAUUGAGAUUUAGUGGGGCCUCUGUUUACAUUAUUAGCCUGUUGUGUAGGCUACCUGUAUAAGUGUAUGAGGUUACAAGCACACACUUAUUGAGAUUUAGUGGGGCCUUUGUUUACAUUAUUAGCCUGUUGUGUAGGCUACCUGUAUAAGUGUAUGAGGUUACAAGCACACACUUAAUUGAGAUUUACUUGAGCCUUCUGUUUACAUUAUUAGCAUAUCUACUGUGGCUAAGCAGACUUUUGCCAAAAGGACAAUAAUUAAUUUGUUGUUGGUUUAUCCACUUUAAUGCACUUUUUUUUGGAAUGCAUGUUUUGUUUGAAGGCCUAAUAUAAAUGAAAAACUUUGUGCUUUUUUUGAAAAGCCAAGGCUACUGGAAUAUUAAAAACAUUUCAAUAUUCAAUAAAAAAUUACUUUCUUUGAAAAACAUGUCUAAAUAUUUAUUCUAGGCUAUUUAUGCAAUAUUUAAAAAAUUGUGAAAAACUGCAUUUAUUAUUCGGUAUUCGGCCUUCGGCCAAGCGUUUAAAUUUUAUUCGGCUUCGGCCACACAUUUUCAUUUUGGUGCAUCCCUAGUUUGAAUUGGUCCAUGUUAUUGGGGACUGUUAUUACUGACGGACACGUGUCGUGGUGUGACGGCAGCCAGGCACGUAAGAAAACCCUCGUCUCCAUGGCAACACUCAUUUGCCGCUUUUCCACUAACGCUGGGGUAGGCAACCCAGAAUGUUAAAAGAGCCAUUUUGGACCCAAAUAAGACAACGCUGUCAAGCUCCAUUCAUAUAAAACUUUAAGGCUGCACUAAGAUUAUACUGUCAUAUUAAGGUGGAAGCUGCAAAAUAACGUCUCGUAAUUGUCGUCUCGUAAUAUAUUCCGUGUCUGAGACCCCUGGUCUAAAUGUACAAAAUGUAUUAAAUGCUGUCCUUUGUCGCAGAUUCAAGCUAUGGCUCCAUCUAGUGUCAUAGUUGAGAUAAUGCAGGCAUCGAAGACAAACCUUUAAGUCGACUGGGGGACAAAUAUGCAAUCUCCUUGAUUUAAAUCGCUAUUGACAAUUUUACAUGUAUCUGCACAACACUGCGCCGCUUGUUUUUUGUUGUUUUUUUCAUAAAGAAAUACAAUCAUGUGUGCUUAUGGACUGUAUCCCUAAGGACUGUAUUGAUAUAUAAUGUUUAUAUUGUGUUUUUUAUAUUGAUUUAAUAAUUUUGAAAAAAUAAAAAUACAUUUAUUUUAUU